CGCCCCGUGGUGCCCCCGCCCCCCCCACUCAGGAUGGCGGCGUGGGCGCUGUUGGCGCUGGCUCCGGUGGCGGCAGGGGCGAUGCUUGGCUUCGCGUCCUACUACGGGGACCACAUGGUGUUGCAGAAGGAGCCGGCGGGAGCCGUGGUGUGGGGCUACGGGGCGCCGGGGGCUGCGGUGACCGUGAUUCUCUCCGGGGCCGGGGGACUUGUCGUCGUGAAGAAGGUGGCUCAAGUUAAAGGACCUUCUGGGACGUGGACAACUGUCCUGGACCCUAUGGAUCAAGGUGGUCCCUACGCACUGGCGGCCAGGCAGGGCUCAGAGAACGUGACGCUGCGGGACGUCUACUUUGGGGACGUGUGGCUUUGCAGCGGGCAGAGCAACAUGGCAAUGACAGUCUUGCAGAUCACCAAUGCCAGCUGGGAGCUCACCGCCGCCGCUCGCUACCCCUACGUCCGCCUCUUCGCCGCAGCGCCCGCCCGCUCCGAUGUGGAGCUGCAGGACCUGGAGCAGAUUGACUUGCCGUGGUCCAUCCCGACGGCUGAAAACCUGGGCCACGGGAAUUUCAGCUACUUCUCGGCCGUUUGCUGGCUGUUGGGGCGCUACCUCUACGAGGCCCUGCGGUACCCCAUCGGGCUGGUGGAGGCGGCCUGGGGGGGCACCCCCAUCGAGGCCUGGUCCUCCCGCAGCGCUCUGCGGGCAUGCGGGCUGCUGGAGGACGUGGAGAGCAGCUCCCCACCCUGGCACCUCACGGGCCCUCAAACUCCCUCUGUGCUCUGGAACGCCAUGAUCCACCCACUGCUCAACAUGACGCUGCGGGGUAUUGCUUGGUACCAGGGCGAGGCCAACGCCUUCCUGCACACAGACCGGUACAAUUGCACCUUCCCUGCGCUCAUCACCGACUGGCGCCGGGCUUUCCACACCGGAUCGGCCGGGCAGACAGAGCUGCUCCUCCCGUUCGGCUUUGUGCAGUUGUCCACCUAUCGCCGGCAGAGCCCAGACGACAGCUUCGCCCGUCUGCGCUGGCACCAAACGGCCGACCUGGGGGUCGUCCCCAACGCCAGGAUGCCCGGCACCUUCAUGGCCGUGGCGAUGGAUCUGGGCGAUGAGCACUCGCCCUACGGCAGCAUCCACCCCCGGGACAAGCAGAACGUGGCCCACCGGCUGCAGCUGGGCGCCAGGGCCGUGGCGUACGGGGAGAAAGACAUGGUUUUCCAGGGGCCGUACCCAACCUGUGCCGUCCCGGAGGUGACCAAGGGGCUGCUGAACAUCACCUACAACCAGGAGCUCGUCUGGCGCCGGAGGGACGCGCAGGCGUUCGAGGUGUGCUGCUCCAGCCAGCCGGCCCCGUGCGGGUGGCUGCCGGCACCCGUGGUGGCGGUGGAGUCCCGCACGGUGACGCUGGCCCUGGCUGGCUGCGGGACGCCGGCGCUGGCCUUGCGCUACGCCUGGGCCGAAUGGCCCUGCGACUACCAGUCCUGCCUCCUCUACAACCCCCAGGGGCUGCCCGCACCCCCCUUCCUCCUGGACCCCCUGCCCGCAGGGGCAACCCCCCGGCGCUGCGGAACAGCCAGAGGGAAGGAGCUGCUUCUCUUCCCCGGCUCUCCACAGGGAUUUCGAGCUGGUCCUGGACCCCCCCUUCCGUGACACCCCAAACCUCUUGGGGCACAGAGAGCUGACCCCCAUGGCAGGGUACUCGCAGGAUCCAGGGACCAGCCUCCGUCUGGGGGGUGGAAAGGCAGGGGAGCAAGGAGCUCUGCCAAAAAAAAAGCCCCCCAGCUUAAUGCUAAGAUGGGCUGGGACAUGGAUCUGCACAGGGCACAUUGCUCUGAAACAGCAGUGAGUGACUUCCACCUCCCUGUGUUAAAUAGUUAAUAAAACAGCUCAUUUUA